GGGGGGGGGGGGGGGGAGAGGGGGGCGUGGCCGGGCGGGCGGAUGGCGGUACCGAGCGCGGUGCUGCUGCUGAGCGGGAAGAGGAAGUCGGGGAAAGAUUUCGUGGCCGAGGAGCUCCGGAGCCGGCUGGGCCCCGACGUGUGCACGGUCCUGCGCCUCUCCGGGCCCCUCAAGGAGCAGUAUGCCAAGGAGCACGGCCUUGACUUCCAGAGGCUGCUGGACGCCAGUGCCUACAAGGAGACGUACCGGCAGGACAUGAUCCGCUGGGGCGAGGAGAAGCGCCGCGCCGACCCUGGGUUCUUCUGCAGGACGGCGGUGCAGGGUGCGGCGCAGCCGGUGUGGGUGGUGAGCGACACGCGGCGCCUCUCGGACGUGGAGUGGUUCCGGGAUGUCUACGGGGACGUGGUGCAGACCGUGCGGGUGGUGGCCACCGAGGAGAUGAGGAAGAGGAGGAACUGGGUCUUCGUCGCCGGGUCUCACCCAGGGGUGGAUGACGCCGAGUCCGAGUGCGGCCUGGACCAGGGAGUGGCCUUUGACUGGGUGAUCACCAACAACGGGGACGAGGCAGCGCUGGACGAGCAGCUGGAGACGCUGCUGCAGUCGCUCCGUGGGCGGCUGUAGCUCGGUGACCCUCUUGGGGACUCUGUGUGUGUUGUGUGUGUCCCCCCCCCCGGCAUCCCCCCUCCCUGCCCUGCAAAUAAAGCUCUGACACGGAGAACCACUGCCA